CUACAUAGUACCAACCUUUGUGUUCUUUCACAGCACAUCUCUGUAUAUCUCUUUGUUUAUCAAUGGCGGCGAGGAAUGCAUUGUUGAAAUACUUCAGAGUGGAAUGUCGUAUUCUUGAAAAGACUAGAUUUAUAGGAACCCCAUUUGCUCAGAUUCUUGUGAAACGUAACUUGUCAGAUGAAGUUAGGGGUUCAUUUCUUGACAAAUCUGAAGUUGCUGAUCGUGUCAUUAAUUGUGUUAAAAACUUCCCUAAACUCGACCCUUCAAAGGUUACCCCAAAUGCUCACUUCCAAAAUGACCUCGGUUUAGAUAGUUUAGACACUGUUGAAAUUGUGAUGGCCCUUGAAGAAGAGUUUGCGUUCGAGAUUCCUGACAAUGAAGCUGACAAAAUCAGCUCCAUUAAUCUAGCUGUUGAUUUCAUUGCAUCUCACCCCCAGGCUAAAUAAGGGCACAAACUGGCCUUAAGGGUGCCCAUGUCUGUUAUUUUUGUUCUCUCUUUUCCAUUAGACUCUGCUGGCUGGUUGUUAAAUGUAUGCCUUCUGGUCAGCUUGUUUAAGUUUUGGAUUAAUUCGUAACGAUGACAAUCACGUUCAUAAUGUAGUGGGCUUAAUUGGCUUCAUUAUCUAUGAUGUCUAUACGGAUAAGAACUUCACGUUUUGGAAUAAAUGAGCUGCGGGAUACAUUUAUUUCAA